AUUCAAGAGAGACAAUUAUCACAAGUACGAAGGUAAUCUUGUCUUCUUUUUUUUAUGAUUAUUAAUUAUUUUUUCUUUUUUCGUUUAUGUUUACAUUUGCUCUUAAUGUCCUACAGGAUUCGAAAGGGAUUCAGAACCAUCUCCCCACUUUGCAAACUCUAAACAUAACUUUUUCUGAUGCAGAACGUAUUUUUUGUCUUAAUGAAGAUGAAAUGAUUGGCCAACAAGUGAGUUUAAGGUUAGAGAAGUUGAAGUUAAAAUUUCUACCACAAAUGACUUAUAUUUGGGUGGGUCCCAACAAUUCACUUACUCUCCAACAUCUUACCAAAUUAAAAAUAUGGAAUUGUGGAAAGUUGGAAGUAAUCUUUCCAAAGUCUGUUGUAAGAUACUUACCAGAGUUGAAGAAAGUAACCAUAAGAGAUUGCAUGGAAUUGAAGCAGAUCGUCGAAGAAGACAGGUCCAAUCUUCUUUCCAUAGAUGGAGGCUCUGAAGUAGAGGAGAUUAUUGGAUGUGAUAAAGAAGCUUCAAAGAAUUAUUUUGCCUUCCCAAAUCUUGAAGAACUAGAAAUAAUUCAAUGUGACUCAUUGGAAGUAGUCUUUUCAAAGUCUGUUGUAAGAUGCUUACCAAAGUUGAAUGUUCUAGUGAUAAGAAAAUGCAAAGAAUUAAGAGAAAUAAUUGAAGGGGAUAAAAAUUUGUCUAAUCUUGUUUCUCAUCAACCAUGCUUCCCAAAACUUGAAGCAUUGCAUGUUGACGAUUGUCACAAGUUGAAAAGAUUAUUCUCUGGAUCUGUUUCUAAUGACCUUCCCAAUCUUCAUCUUCUGGCCAUAAAUGGAGCCAAUGAACUAGAAGAGCUUGUUGGAUGUAAAAAAGGAAAGAUUAAAGUUGAGCUUCCAAAACUCAAACUUUUAAUAUUUAUGCAUCUGGAAAACUUCAGUCAAGAGAUUGAAUUGCAUAAUUUAAAGAAUUGCAUUGUCUACAAAUGUCCAAAACUCACUUUGACUUCAACAACUACUCUUCAGAAGCUCCGUCAUGAUUUUCCUUACGAAGAUUUCAUGAACACUGAACUUGGUAUUUCGACAUUUCGUGACAUCCUAGAAGGGAUAAGUUAUAAAUAUUCACAGGUCAGAACCAACCAAUCUAUGAAUAUAAAUAAUAAAAAAUAA